UUUUUAGUUUCUGGUUUCGGCUUCUGAAUUCCACAAAAAAUUAUGACUAUUAGAAUAGAUGUUUGUGUAUUUGUUUAACAUCGUGUUAAUAUAAAUAUGGAAGUUAGUACCGGGAGAGUAACUGGAAGAGUGUCUCUAAUAAACCUGAUAGGAAUAUCAUCGGCGCCGACUGUGUUACUUGUCAUCCUCAGAAUUUUCCUGCGGACUUCAGAUUCACUAACUGGGGAAAAGAAAAACUGGGUUUCUGGCAUAUCAAGUGGUCUAGAUGUGAUAUCGGCAACAUAGUUAAAUGCACCUACAGAACUUAUAGGGAUAUUCACAAAAAAGUUGUUAAUCGUGUCGAGACUAAUAGUUAUUUGAUGUAAAUUGUCAGAUUUGCCGAUACCAAGGUUCUUAAAACUUUGGUCCACAAAGUUUUGGAGGAUUGUUUCUGGGAGAAAGAUGUAUAAUAAUACCUAGCUUUUGAGUUUCUGAUCUGUUGUUGGGUUUGAUUCUUGAGCCUUUUGUAACAGGCCCAGUCAUUAGGUAGCUUGGUGCGCUUGGCUUUACGAAAUGCAGCAUCUCUUUUUUUUUAAGUUGUCUAAUAAAAUCAUUUAUCCAGGGAGCAGGUGGCUUCCAAACUCUUUUAGAUACAAUUGGACAGUGUUUAUUAUGAAGAUUAGAAAUGAGGGAAGUAAAAUGUUCAACCAUUGAAUUGACAUCAGGAUCAUUAGUAACCACAUCCCACGAUGCAAUCAAAAGAAAAAACAAAUAAUAAGGUCAAACUAUGUUCAAGCUCAGUGUGUUCUCCAAUACCAUCAAAUUCACCUACAUUAGGAUACAGAAGUUUUUCUAACUGGCCCAAUGAGUGGGGAGGAGUGGCCUAUUAUGACUCUGGUAGCUCUGAUCUUCUCAGCCAAAGUAUCGGAAGCUCCACAUCCUGGUCAGAUGAGCUGGAAGGGGACCUGACCGCAUCACUACAGGCACAGCUGCACCUGGUAGAACAGACUCUGUACCAUGAUGGAAGACAAGAACUGCCUAUCCAUAGCCCUUUGAGAGAGGAAUGCAAACUGUGGCAGCAAAACUUCCCUCAUCUCAGGAUUUAUGGCGAAGCAGUAAAACCUUCUGUUGGCUGUCAAACCCGAAGUCGACAUGAGCAAAUUCAGGAGCAGCUGGAGGAAAUCAUCUCUGCUCAUGGUGACAGUGAAGACGCCUUGGCUAGGACUGUUGUUAAAAAAGACAGUGUGGUAGACUGCAGUGAACUUUAUAAAGAAAAAAUUAAAAAGGCUGUGAUAGACCAAAUAUUUUUAAGAAUCUGGCCUGAAGUUGUGAAAAAAAUAGAACCAAUUUUAUGCAAAGUAGCUGCUGAACAGAAUGACCCGUUCAGUGUAAGCCCCGAGCCGAGGUUAAAGUGUGAUAGUUUGAGUACAGAGCUUACCAGUGGCUUCAACAGUUUGAAUAUUAUUGAGGAUGUGACAACGAGGCCCAAGUCUGGUAGAAGAUCAGGUAGAACUUUAUCAGCCAAGGUCCCAGUCAAACCCAUCGUACUGGAGUGUUCCAUCCCCGUACCAAUGUUAGUCAACAGGACUUCCUCUCCUCUGAGAAGGUCGCCUGGAAGGUUGUCGCAGGGAAUGAAACAACCUUCCCCAGAGAGACUGUUGUCCCCCCUCCCUCUAGAGGCUCGCAGUGCCACUGGACGUCGCCUAUCCAGACCCAAACCUCAGUACGACGCACGCACUGGCCGUAUGAUCAACAGAGAUGACUCUAGGCUUGACUGUCGCAGGAAUCUCAAAACAUCACCCCCACUCCCAUGGUCCCGCCAUGUUACUCUGCCUCCAAUAGAAACCAUGGAUAUUGUUCCCAAGAUGACGGAAUCCAAAGGCAAACGUUCAGUGUCAGCAUUAUUCAAAGGAGGGAAGCUUAACAGUAAUUCUAGACCUAAUACAUCUAUUGCUACAAAGCAGGUGGUGUUGAGCCCUUUAGAUUCUCUACAGAUCAAGCAAACACCUGUGACCACCUCACGACCCUGGCUUCACCACUACCCCCAAGAAACAUACGACUCCGUCUCCGUCCAUCAGUCCAAGCCGUCAGAUCAGCGACAGAGGUGGCGAAACAGAACCAACCAAGUUAAAAGAUGUUGAUAUAUUUUCUUAUUGCUAAAAAAAGGAACCAUUGUCUGUUACACUGUAUUAAAUAAUUUUGUUGAAUAAAUGUGUUACUUAAAAACUGUAA